CAUACUUGUACUUUAAACAGAAUGAUCAAGUUAGCUGGGUAAUGAUUAAGUUUUUUGUUGUGUUGAGUUUCCCUUCUAUUUGGAAGAUGGUCAUGUGAGGAUGGUCUAUUUAUUUAUGUUAGAUUAAACCCAAAUCCAUCAAGUUUCGAUUAAACACUUCCAUCAUAGUCGUCGUCGUCGUGGUUCGAUUGAGUUGAAAUCUUGCAGCCACACUAACAACACGAGGCUCUAUAAUCUGAUCACUGUAGAUCGAAUGGAAAUUAUUACUUCUCUAAUCCUAUUUAAAGAGAACAGUUGCAGCGGGAAUUUUGGAGGUUUCGUAUGAACCACCCAUGCACCUUGUCUGUUUGUGGUUGAUUUGAGUAAAUCCCAACUCAAUCUAUCAUUUCUCUCAACACUGUAUGCUUUGGAGAGGAUAACAAGUCUCUCUUAGCUCUUCCAACCUGAGCUCUCCUUAUGAGGUUAUCGUAAUCAUUCUCCUCCAUUGGUCCAAGAGCAAGGAUGACCAUAUCGGCAACUAUAAGAUAUAUAUUCAUGCUGGUGUUCAAUAGCCUGAUGAAGGUCGAUUUAUACCGGCCAACGGCUAGCCUUGUCAAGCUGCGAGCCCCCCUUCCUCUGCGAUUUUGUAAUAGAACCUUGCACUAGCAAUUUAAUCUUUCAUAAACGCUCUCCAAUUGUAGGUGACCUUUAUGGAGAAAACAUCCUCAUCGCAUAAACCAAAUCGUUCGAGCUCAUCCUGUGGAAGCUAAACUCUCCCUGUCAAGGCACUGAAAGAAGAAAGGAGUUGAAACAUUUAAUGAGGUGAUUAACCAUAAGCAAAUAAAUUAGUGGCAAAAACUUGCUCUUCCCACACAUCUCUAUAAGAGUGUCUGUGAGUUGAUUUGCAAUACAAAAUGAACUGCUGCAUUGUAAAUACUUUGAACAGAAACAGAAGAAGAUUCAGGUGCAAUCCCCGUUACUGGAACAGUCAUGGAUCCAGUUGUGCCAGCAUCAUAGUAGCAGUAAAGGUGGAUGGCCCAAAUGCUGUCUACAAGGGCACUUAUCUUCUUGGUAGGUGGGAAGAAAGACUGCAGGACAUCUUCAACGGCCGCCCCUAUGACAUGGUUGAUGCUGCACUAGCUUAUUGAUAAAGUUUCCAAGUUCUGUAUAGACAUAAAGUUGCUCAGGACAUUUUCUACCUGAAUCAAAUUCCCCUCUAGCUUGGUUUCUUUCUCAAUUGUUUCUCCUCAAAGUAUUUAUAAUGCAGCAGUAUACUACGGUAUGGCAAAUCAACUAACAAACAUCCUUAGAGAUGUGUGCGAGGAGUAAGUUUUUUGUGACUUGUAGUUCUCUCAUUAGGCAAAUGUAAGGAGGGGAAGUAUUGGAGCAAUGCAUAGGAAGGAAAAAGGGCAUCAACACUCAACAAAAGGUUGGUUAAAGUUAUCACCGAAAGAGAAAAUGGUGCCAAUGAAAAAACCUUGGAGCUUACUCUUAAGAGAGGCUGCAAGACAUCUUCAAUGCUGGACACCCUCCCCCUGGAUAUGCUGUUCUUACUGAUACUGCUUCUCCAAGUCCUGCUCCGGCAUUGAGGUGAAUAGAACAAUCUACCUUGGUAAGUUUUUGUGACAAAACAAGCCCAUUUCUUAACAAAAAGGUCCAAAGUAGCCCAUGAAGUUAGAAUACUUCAAAAUGUGGAAUCCUGCCCUCAAAAGGCCCAAAUAUUGAAGGGAAAUCCAUAUUUCAUGGGGAUUGGGCUAGUUUGUGGUCAGGUGUAAUAAGAAUGAUUAUGCACCUACUUGACCCAGUUUUCCUAUUCAAGUGUAGGAGAUAUGUUUUCCUUAAAAAUCAAACUCUAAGAUCAGCAAGCCUCCUUAGGUACCGUUUGGGAACGCGGCUGCGGCCGCGUUCCCAAAAAAUUUGAAAUUUUUUUUUUUUGUUUUGCUAAAAUUUAAUAUGGUUUGUACGUUUUGGAUCGUUUUGAUGUGCUGAUGUCAAAAAUGAUUUUUAAAAAAUAAAAAAACAUCGUUGGCAUGCAUUUUGGCACGAAAAGUUAUUUGAAAAGCACCCGCAACCACAAUGCCAAACACGCUCUUAAGAGUUCAUGUUCAUGAAGUUCCUAGGCUACUUUAUUUCUUUCUUGUGUACCAUUUACUUGCUGGUCUAUUUUAUAGCCAGCUUUAUUAUUUUAUUUAGUCUUGGUUAUAAAACUUAAAUUCCUAGCGGGUUGAUUGAGGAUGUAAUUAAUCUAAAAUUUAGAUUAAUCUGAGUUAUAAAAAAAAAAAAAGUGCUCUAGUUUUUCAAAACUCAACCCUCAAUUUAUUUAAUUUUUUAUUAAAAUAAUAUUGUUUUGAUUUAUUUAAAAAAAAUUAAAAAAUCAACUCGAGUUAACUUAACUUUUCUGACUUGUAACUCAAAUCUUAUCCGAAUUAAUUUUUAAAUUGAAUUUUAAAACUGCAAUAGUGGUGAAAACCGAUUGAAUUUUAUACUGUUGGAUUUUAAAGCUGUUCUAGCGAUGCAACCGAAUGAAUUUUAUACUAUUUUAGCUUAGGAGAAAAUUAUCUUUCACUAAUCUUUUAUAUUAUUAGAGAAAAUUAAGUAACUGAGGUGAAAAUGACACAUAUAUGCAGACUGCAAUUCCUAGUUUAGUAUCAUUGGUGGAAUCAAUGAAUCUUUUUUUUCUUUUGGCUCAUUGCUUUGGAACAACCAAUCAAAGCCGUUUGGCAUUGUUUUUUCCGGUCUCCAAGAUGUUCUUUCUUCAGAUCACACUUUGUCUUUCACAUUGACUUUUACCUAUCAAAUUUCCUUUCUAGUUUUGGCAAGUAGGCUAGAUCCCAAUGGAUUUAGUGAACUUUCUCAGCACCUCGCUGAGCUGGUUCGGUUGAGCCAAUGCAAAGAUGGUCUCAUCAAGUCUCAACUUACAUAGGGUGCAUCACAUCAAUGGACAGUCAAACUGCCAAGAAGCAGCUCCAAACAGGAACUUUCAGCCUUGUAGAUGGACCGAAUCCUGACAUGCAUCAUGGCCUCCAUAAUUGGAAGAGGACGUCAACAUGACCUAUCAUUUGGGGGAGGGUUUUAUUUUACUUCUAUACUGUAAAACUUCCUGCAUAAUCACUUCAGGACAUAAAUAGAAUCGAAGGGUGUAGGGAGGCAUCAAAGUGAUCAAGAUUCUUGUUGCAUAGUCUCAAACAAUGUUUUGGAUUGGUUGGUAUUGGACAAAAUCUAGCAUCUUCGUAACACCCAAUAUUCUCUAAACACCACAUUAGGGACUCGUGUCUUUACUGAAAAAUAUAAAAAAAAAAACCUACAAGUUGUCAUGAUUUUGUAGAGCAAACUGCUGUCCUUGAUAAGAGCAGGCCAUUUCAAUAAUCCCCCAUUUUUUGCUUGAAAAAUCUAGUCAGCUGAAACUAAUUGGCAAUUUGCAUGAUGCUAUCAUCAAUUUCCUUUUGAUAAAGAGAUUGAGAAGGAGAGGAAUUAAGUAAGUUCUAGAUCCUUUCAAGCCAUUUUAUCAUUCUUCUAGAGAGCUUUUUCGUACCCGAGAAGAAUCGUUAAACGUUUCCGGAUGUGUUCUACAUUUUCACUUUCGGCUAAGCCUUGCACUGGGGCAGAUAAUGGCAAGUUCUUGCACUCAAAAUCCUUGGUUACAAGAGCAAGAGCUGAAGUGAUCGCAGCUCCUAAGAGAUCAAGCCAACGUGCUUUUCCUCGGCUAUUAAAACAUGGAAUUCCUCAUACUGAUCUUCAAGUACAUGAAAUUGUUGAGAGGCAGUCUCAGGCUAACAGCUUAAGCAAGCAAGAUAUCUGUAGAAAGCCGGAGUUCCAUCCAGCGUUUCUUGAAGAAGCCUAUGAAAGGUGCAGAAACAUUUGCGCCGAAUAUGCCAAAACUUUUUAUCUAGGAACUCGGCUGAUGACAGAGGAGCGACAGAAAGCCACAUGGGCAAUUUAUGUAUGGUGCAGGAGGACAGAUGAGCUGGUCGAUGGACCUAAUGCAGUGCUCAUGAGCACUGCUGUUCUUGAUAGGUGGGAAGAGAGGCUACAAGAAAUCUUUGAUGGACGCCCCUAUGACAUGCUCGAUGCUGCACUUACAGAUACAAUUUCCAAGUUCCCUUUAGACAUUAAGCCUUUUAGGGACAUGAUUGAAGGUAUGAGAAUGGAUACGAGAAAAUUCCGUUAUGAUAAUUUUCAAGAGCUCUAUCUUUAUUGCUAUUACGUUGCGGGCACAGUCGGCCUAAUGAGCGUUCCAGUGAUGGGAAUUGCAGCAGAAUCUGAAGCUUCUGCUCAAAGUAUUUAUAAUGCGGCACUGUACUUGGGUAUUGGAAACCAGCUUACAAACAUUCUUAGAGAUGUGGGAGAGGAUGCUUUGAGAGGGAGAGUUUAUCUACCACAAGAUGAGCUUGCACAGUUUGGGCUAUGCGACCAAGAUGUUUUCGCAAGAAAAGUCACUGAUGGAUGGAGAGAGUUCAUGAAGGAGCAGAUAACAAGGGCAAGAUUCUAUUUCAACCUUGCAGAAGAAGGGGCUUCAAAGCUUGAAAAGGCUAGCCGGUGGCCAGUAUGGUCAUCCCUACUAGUAUACCAAAAAAUCUUGGAUGCAAUUGAGGAUAAUGAUUAUGAUAACUUCACAAAACGAGCUUAUGUUGGAAGAACAAAGAAACUUCUCACAUUGCCCCUGGCAUACACAAAAGCUCAAUCAAUGUCUAGCUUGAUCCUUCAGUAAAUCAAGAUUUUGUAACAGACCUAAGGUGGGGGAGUUAUGACAGCAAACAGUGAAGUGGAGUGAAUAGUGAAACAAGAUUAUGCUUGUGUAUCAUAGAGGAAAUCGUCAAAGUUUGAAUGUUUGUAAGAUUGGUUCAUUAUUGCUUAUAUCAGGUUCUCAAUUCUCUGAUAGAACUAGAAUUUUCAUGGAAAGUAAAUUGCACACACAUUUCUCAGUUUUCAAAACUA